AUGUCGUCCGUGUAUAACCCAAACCGCGACGUCAAAAAUAAUGCCGGGCGCCGACUAUCUUCUAUCUCCUACAAGGAGGAUGCAAAGAUCGAUGAAUACACGCGCCUGGUGCGAUGGAUGUCAACCUACCGUGAUACGAAAGGAGACCGCGUAGAGGAAGGCGAAAUUCGUGAGAGUCGCGUGUGGUUUGCGCCAUGGCGGAAAAGAAAAUUCCUUUGGAAGUACAUUGGCGUCGGACAGGAGUUUCCCGAUGACUGGAAGUUCACCGACAUCAAUCACGGUCUAUCGGACUCGGAGGUCGAGGAAAGGCGGAAGGUGACUGGAUACAAUGAAUUGACGGCGGAAAAAGUCAAUCAAUUCCGCAAAGUUUUGGGAUAUUUCCAAGGUCCAAUUCUAUAUGUUAUGGAGCUCGCGGCUUUGCUCGCCGCCGGUUUGGCUGAAUGGAUUGACUUUGGUGUUAUCAUCGGCAUUCUCUGUCUGAACGCUUCAGUCGGCUGGUAUCAAGAAAAGCAGGCUGAGGACGUAGUAGCCAGCCUGAAGGCCGAUAUUGCAAUGCGCAGUACGGUUGUUCGCGAGGGAACUGAAAUCGAUAUCUUGGCCCGCGACCUGGUCCCCGGCGACGUGAUAAUCAUCGAAGAGGCGACCUCGGUCCCUGCCGAUGCCAAAGUGGUUUGCGAUUACCAAGAGAAAGAGACAGGCUGGCGGAAUUAUCAGCAAAUGCGGCAAGAAGGCAAGCUAGAAAAGAAGAAGAAGAAGAGCGAGGCCGAGGAGGAGGAAUCUCAAGAGGAGGACGAACACAGAGACUUCCCCGUUCUGGCAUGCGAUCAUUCCGCGAUUACUGGAGAGUCUCUCGCCGUGGACCGCUAUGCUGGUGACGACGUGUUUUACACGACCGGAUGCAAACGAGGCCAGGCCUAUGCCAUUGUUCAAGCGAUUGGAACCAAGACCUUCGUGGGUCGCACGGCGGCGAUGGUUCAACUAGGCGCUGUCGGAAAAGGACACUUCCAGAUAGUCAUGGACGGGAUUGGCACGUCCCUGCUGGUGAUUGUUAUGGCAUGGAUCUUGAUCAUGUGGAUUGGAGGCUUCUUCCGCAACCUUCCCAUUGCCAGUCCCGCCCAACAAACCCUCCUGCACUUUACCCUUUCUUUGUUGAUCAUUGGCGUGCCCGUCGGAUUGCCUGUUGUCACGACCACCACUCUCGCCGUCGGUGCGGCUAUUUUGGCCAAGAAGAAGGCGAUCGUGCAGAAGCUUACCGCAAUCGAGUCUUUGGCUGGUGUGGACAUUCUCUGUUCCGAUAAAACAGGAACAUUGACUGCCAACAAGCUCAGUAUCCAGGAGCCAUACGUCGCCGAGGGCGUUGAUGUCAACUGGUUGUUUGCAGUUGCAAUUCUAGCCUCUUCUCACAAUGUUCGUUCUUUGGAUCCGAUCGAUAAGGUUACCAUCUUGUCUGCAAACCAAUAUCCGAAAGCUAAGGAAAUCUUGCGGCAACCGUGGAAAACGGAAAGCUUUAUCCCAUUUGAUCCAGUGUCGAAGCGAAUUGUGUCAGUCGUAACGCUAAAUGACGAGCGGUAUACUUGCACGAAGGGAGCGCCAAAGGCAGUGCUUCAGUUGACGAACUGCGAGGAAUCAAUUGCCACGUUAUAUCGACAGCAAGCGACGGAGUUUGCUCGCCGUGGCUUCCGAUCCCUUGGUGUCGCCGUCCAGAAGGACGAUACUGCUCAUACGAUUAUGGAGUCGCAGAACCUUGGAAUCGCAGUUAAGAUGCUGACUGGCGAUGCAAUUGCCAUCGCUAAGGAGACUUGCAAAAUGCUUGCGUUGGGAACAAAAGUCUAUAACUCAGAGAGACUUAUUGGUGGUGGUAUUAGCGGUGCAAUGGCUAGUGAAUUAUGUGAGAAGGCGGACGGAUUCGCUGAAGUUUUCCCAGAGCACAAAUACCAAGUGGUCGAGAUGCUACAAGAGAUUGGUCAUCUUACAGCUAUGACCGGUGACGGUGUCAACGACGCCCCAUCGCUGAAGAAGGCCGACUGUGGCAUUGCGGUCGAAGGCGCGUCGGAAGCAGCUCAGUCUGCUGCAGAUAUUGUUUUCCUCGAGCCAGGCCUUUCAACUAUCAUUGAUUCUAUCAAGUUGGCACGUCAAAUUUUCCAACGCAUGAAAGCAUAUAUUCAAUAUCGUAUUGCACUCUGCUUUCACCUCGAAGUCUAUCUAGUUACUAGCAUGAUCAUUAUCAAGGAAAGCAUCCGUACUGAUUUGGUCGUGUUCCUCGCACUAUUUGCAGACCUUGCGACAGUCGCAGUGGCCUACGACAACGCAUCCUUCGAACGCCGACCUGUCCAGUGGCAAUUACCAAAGAUCUGGGUUAUCUCUGUCAUUCUCGGUGUUCUCUUAGCACUCGGGACGUGGGUGAUCCGCGGGUCGAUGUUCCUGCCGAACGGGGGGUUCUUCCAGAAUUGGGGCAGCACCUGGCCUUCCCUGCCACUGAUCCUUGCCAUCCUCGGCGUGGAUGCGCUCGCAACCUGCUUCUGUUUGUUUGGUUUUUUCACGAAUCAGGAUAUGAUAACCGAUCCCUUUGAUGAAUAUAUAUUGAGGGAGACCGCCAAUGGUUGGACCAAUAUUGUCGAUGUCGUCCGUUGUUGGGGGUACAGUAUUGGCGUGACUGUGGUGAUUGCCCUCAUCUAUUUCGUCUUGAACAAAUGGAAAUGGCUUGAUGACUUGGGUCGCACCAAGCAGAGCAAAGGUGACAUCGCCAUUGGAACUAUCCUCAGUCACCUGGCUACAUUGAGCCUCGAAUACGAAAAGGACACGGACAAUCAUGCGCGGAUUUGGCUCGGCGCAAGCAAGGAGGAAGAGGUGGAAUAA